GUUUUACUGUGAAUUCUUGCCGUUUGUUUGAAUUAACACUUUCUAAGAUUAAUUUUUCAAGCUUGUGGUGUCAAUGGUAUGAAAUUACACAACGUGGUAUUUCUGGGACGUUCGCAGUAAUCUUACAAAAAGCUAUUAACAUGUAUUAUAAACCAAUAAGGCCUGAGGUGAUGAUAAUGAACCACCCUGAUGUAGUGCUCCACUUACCAAGCCAGCGUUGGUUAGCUGAACUCGUUAUAAUCUACUACACAAGCAAGCUGAUGUCUGAUAGCUAUCCAUCGCCACCACCCAGUCACCAUGACUGGCAGAGGAGCCAGCAGGUCUGUUUACUGACAGCAUCCUUGCUAAUUAGAGGAAUCACCCUAAGAGUGGAAGUGGCUAGCCAUGUCUGGGCAAAGGAAAGGAGCUUCGGCGCGUCUGCGAAAAUGUGCCUUCUGUAAAACGAAUCGAGACAAGGAGUGUGGCCAGCUCCUUGUAUCAGACAACCAGAAGGUGGCAGCUCACCACAAAUGCAUGUAACAUCUCACUCAGACAGCGAAAACAUUGGGGGAUUUUCUAUUGAGGAUGUAAAAAAAGAGAUCAAAAGAGGAAACAAAUUGAUGUGCUCAUCCUGCCACCGGCCCGGGGCAACCAUAGGUUGUGAUGUUAAGACAUGCCGGAGGACAUAUCAUUACUACUGCGCCCUGUGGGACAAAGCCCAGACCAAGGAGAACCCCUCACAAGGCAUCUACCUUGUUUACUGUCGUAAACAUCGUGACGCCUCCCAAGAUGCCAGUGAUGAGGAUCAAGGAGUCGCAGCCAACGAUUCAGAUUCAUCCCCACCCCGUAGCAGAGGGCGUGGCAGAUUUGAGAAGAGCCGAAUUAGAGGUGUACCUCGUGGGCAGUCCGAAGACGCACGUUCAAAUUCUUCACAAGGCAUUGAAGAAACGGAGAGCUCUUCAAAUCGGGACCGGUCCCCUUUGAGGGGCAGUCCCAGUGAGUCAGGCCUUCGCUGUGGUUUCUGCCACGCUGGUGAUGAGGAGAAUCAGACCCGCGGUGUUCUGCAUUGUGAUGGCGCAAAAAAGGUUGCCGCCCAUUAUAAAUGCAUGCUUUUCUCUUCAGGGACUGUCCAACUCACUACCACAUCACGUGCAGAAUUUGGUAACUUUGACAUUAAAACAGUCAUUCAGGAAAUAAAGAGAGGGAAAAGAAUGAAAUGCACCCUGUGUUGUCAGCUCGGCGCAACCAUUGGAUGCGAGAUAAAAGCGUGUGUGAAAACCUAUCACUACCACUGCGGCCUGCAAGACAAGGCCAAAUACAUAGAGAACAUGGCCAGAGGCAUUUACAAACUGUACUGUAAGAAUCACAGUGGAAAUGAGGAGCGGGAUGAAGAGGAUGAGGAGAGAGAGAGUCGCAGUAGAGAGAGGGCUGCCAAUAACAGUGGGGGAAGCCCUCCUCCACCUCAAGUGAAUGGGAAUUAGAUGCUGGUUGGAGGUGUUGGAGAAAGAACAAAAUAUUUUUUUAUUGUGCUCAGUAAGAAACUUGGGGGCCAGCUCACAAAAUUGACCGUUUCAGUUUUUCUCUAAUUGCCAGAAACCCCAUAACCAUUGAUGACGCACCAUUUCUCUGCCAUUUUUCCUCAGUAUUUCAAGAAUAUCAUGAAUGAGACUCACGAGUGCAGAUAAUAACCCAACCCAAGAGAGUGAGAGGUUUUUAAGGCACAGAAUAAUCCAAAGUUCCACUUGUAAAGAGGUUGUGUUUAAAGAAAAUAAUGGAAAAUCUGAAUUAACAUUAUACAUAGUUAUACGUAGUUUGAAUCUGUGCCUGGAAAAACACUUUAAAUGUGAGCCAAUGAAAACUGAAGGUUUCAUGAUUGGACCAAUGGAAAGCUCUCUUUCGCAGAGCUCUCUCUUUUUUUUCCUUUUUUUUUUUUUUUUUUUUUUUCCUUUUUCUUCCCCCCCACCAGUUUCUUUCUUAACAAACUGCUCUUUGGACUUGACCUGCUGGACCUGUUCUUUUGAGACUGCCUUCUGGUUGUUUUUACUCUCUUCCAAAUCCUGAGCCUAUCCCUCUAAUUUCCUGUAAUUGAACUGACAUCAUCUUUACCUCUUAUUGCUCUUGUAUCAUGUAUUAUAUUUUACUACUGUAUUAUAAUCAUGAUUAUUGUUGAAUAUCUGUGACUUUCUUUAUAGUCUUGAGUCAGGAUUAAAGAACAUUGGCUAGCAUGCACUUUUCUUUA